CCCCUCCCCUUAACAGCGACGGCCAUCUGCCGCCUCUUUUUCAAUUUCAAAGCCAGCAGAUUAUUUCUCACAGACUCCCAGCUUCACUUAACACAACCGAAAUAUCGUCUCAGAGGGCAGCUGCGCAGUACGGAGUCCCGCUCUCUGCAUAUUGCGCUCAGCCAACGAGAGUCGGGGCCGUUUGCAUGCAGCCCGUCUGCGGAGACAGACUGCAGGCUCAUAAAGACGAAGCGGAUUUGAAUUAAGCACCGGAUAACAGACAGCAACUGUGCAUCCUUCGGAGAGGGAGGGAGGGAGAGGGAGGCAACUGUUUUGUAUCUUGGAAGCCCAGGGUUAGGAGAGGGGGAGGAGGAGGAGCGGAGAAUGAGCUAUUCUUGUACCAGCAGAGGCAACAGCCAGGACCCAUCAAGCGCUAAGAAGCCUGCCGGUAAUAAUCCAGGCAGAGAUACCGGAGGCACAGACAGCAGCACGGACCGCAGCAGUAACGGCAGCCCGAAGCAAACGGCGGCGAUGAAAGUGAAGAAAGGCUGCAACUCGACCGACGUGGGGGUCCCGGUGACCACGGAGGAGGACCUGCUCGGCAGCACCGUGAUCACUCCGGAGGAUGUUCUGGGCUUGCAGAAGAUCACAGAGAAUUAUCUGUGCAGCCCGGACGAGAAUGUGUACAACAUCGACUUCACCAGGUUCAAGAUCAGAGACAUGGAGACGGGCACAGUGCUGUUUGAGAUCACCAAGCCUCCAUCCACAGACAAAGCUGGGGAGAAGAGGGAUAUUGACCCGAACGCAGGCCGCUUUGUCCGCUACCAGUUCACCCCCGCUUUUCUCCGACUGCGGCAAGUUGGAGCCACCGUUGAGUUCACAGUCGGAGACAUGCCGAUUGAAAACUUCAGGAUGAUCGAGAGACAUUAUUUCAGAGAGAAGUUGCUCAAGAGCUUUGACUUUGAGUUCGGCUUCUGCAUGCCCAGCAGCAAAAACACCUGCGAGCACAUCUACGAAUUCCCACCUCUGUCUGAGGACAUUAUCAGAGAGAUGAUCCUGCACCCGUACGAGACGCAGUCCGACAGCUUCUACUUUGUGGACAAUAAGCUGGUGAUGCACAACAAGGCGGAUUACUCCUACAACGGUGGAACGUAGAGACAACAGACCGCCAGGAGAGACAGGUGGAUGUAUGGACUGGCCUGAGGGACGAUCAGAGUACACUGGUGUGUGGUGUUAACAUCCUGUCAAUCCAGUAGUCUCUCUCUCUCUCUCUCUCUCUCUAUCUCUUUCUCUCUUUCUUUUUCUCUCUGUCUCCUACGCUGAUCAGCAAUGGUCCUGCUCGUCACGAGAACCAUCCAGAAAACGCCCGUACAGAUGUGUCAGUUACCGUCUGUGUGUGUGUGUGUAAGCAUGUAGAGGUUUGUGUGUACAUGUCAAAGCCUAAAAAAAACAACACACACAAACACACACAGGUUGCAGCCUGCUACAGAGCUGCUGUAACACAGUGUGUAACAUGAUAAACCAGCAAGUAAAGAAACUUUUAGGAUGGUUCGUGCUCUUUAGCCACGUCGUAGAAUAAGAAAGAAAAACUCUUUUUCUCAUUCCUGUACAUGUUAGGCUUUAGGAGCAAAUCUAGCGUCUAUAAAAGUGUGUUUUUAGGAGUUAAAUAACAGUUUUGGGAAACAAUUUCACAGAUAAUGUGAGUGUAUGUGUGUCUGUGUGUAUGUGUGUGUGUGCUUUUUGGAGUGUGUGUGUGUGUGUUUUUGUGCUUUGUAUGUUUGUCUGUGUGUCGACCAGUAUGUCAGUUUGAAGCAUGAUUACUGGUCUGGUAAAAAAUAUAUUACUUUGAACUUCAGUAAUGCUCAAAUAGAUUUCCAAAACCUAAAAUGUUAGCACAUUUUCUACACAGUUAGGCAGUAGUUAGUGGUUUUGAAUUUAAACUUCCUGUUUCCCUUUGUUCCUCAUUUAUUUCUCAAGUCAUGUGACCUGUAUUAGCUGUAGGACGUACAGUAUGUGUUAAUUGUCUUUGCUCAAAGCACAACAUCUCUACAGAGCUAACAACGAGGAAACUUGUAAAGGUGAGCUGGUCAGAUGUGACCAUAAACGUACUUUGUCAUCUGUGUACCAACUCGCUUUUCCAGCCUCGUGUGGCUUUGUUUAGGUUAUAAAGAAGUUGUUAAAAACUUUUAAGUUGCACUGUGUGUGUCCAAGUUAAAGUUCCGUCGUUUGGAAACUCUUCAUAAGAGAAGAAAAAGGAAAAAAAACUUGGAUUUGUAAAUGUUGAUAUUUUUCAGUCAGGAACGUGAUGCAAAAAAGGAAGUUCAAGGGAGAUUUGGGAGAAUGUAGCAGAAGUCGUUUUUAAGAACAAAUCACCCUGAAAUCUUAUAUUUUCUCUUUCUUUUAUGUUGUUUUCUCCGAUUUCUGCCUCUCAUACAUUUCUAUCUCUUACACAUUCCUGUGAGCGGCAGCGUGUAGAUCUGUUGUUGUUUGAGGGCAUUUAUUACACAGAUCACACAUCGGAUCAAUACCUGAACUGUCUCUGGAUGCCUCUAAACUGUAAUAUGCAAACAUCAGCUUCCUCUCUGUUUGUGCUGAGAGGCAUCCUGGCUCAAAUAGUAUCCAAAUUGCUUUCUAUUUUUCAGCAUACCAGCUCAUACAGUCUGUUUUUAAGCACUUAAAAGUGUUUAAUCACUUAAGUGAUUCUAUUUAAAUUGCAGUAAACUCCGUCCAUCUAUUACUGCAAGUGUGUUUAAACAGACGCUGACAUUUAUUUGCAGAUAAUUAUUUGAAUUCAGAUCAGCACAAGAAAAUGGUGGAAAUCAUAUUAGAUUCAGAUUUAUAUUUAUAUUCUCCUCAUUUCCUCAACAUGAUCAAAUCUGGAUGAUUGUUUUUUUUCCCUGGUUUAUUGAUCCUGCACUAGUGACUGAUUAUGACUUACAGAGAAAAGAGGGUGAAAUGAACACGAUGAGACUCUGGACUCUGUUUGUUAAUCAGAAGAUAAAACAGAUUGACUUGAAUGUCGAAAAAUAUAAAACUGAAAUGUAGAAACAGAUUUAUUUAUGACUGAUUGUGACUCAUGUAAAAAAAAUUAUUUUAAACUGAUGUAAAGUUUUUGACAAUUCAAAAUGUCGUUGUGACUGAACAAAAGUAAAAUAAAUAAAGAUU